GUGUGAAUGGAUGGGACUCACUCAGUGGAGGUUAUUAUGCCGAACAGACAGCAGCUUUCCUUCCUGGACUUUGCUCCGAUGAACUGUGUAGAAGCGGCUCUUUAUUCCAACAAAUCGUCUCAUUGUAAAAGGAAAACCUUUUUUGUUUUUUUUGAUAAGAGAAGUGGUUUUGUUUGAGUGACCGGUGCCGGCUGCGGACAGACAAUAAAAGUGGGAGCGAUCGCGCACAACAAAAGACACAAGAUGACAGAGGGCCGUCUGUGCCAGGUUCACCUCCUCGAUGGCAGGAAGCUGGAGCUGCUGGUUCAGCCCAAGUUGUUGUCCCGUGAGCUGCUAGAUUUGGUGGCCUCACAUUUUAACUUGAAGGAGAAAGAAUACUUUGGACUGUGCUUCAUAGACGACACUGGCCAGAAUAACUGGCUCCAGCUGGAUCGUAAAGUCCUGGAUCAUGACUUCUCUAAGACUUCGGGGCCUUUGGAGCUCAAGUUCCUUGUGAGGUUUUACAUUGAGAAGAUCACCUUCUUGAAAGACAACACAACAGUGGAACUGUUCUUCCUGAACGCUAAAUCUUUAGUGUUCAAUGAGACCAUCGAAGUGGAGAGUGGAAAUGUUUUCAAGUUAGCUGCGUUCGCAUUGCAGGAGGCCAAAGGAGAUUACACCAGUGCUGACACUGCCACAUCGGACCUGAAGCAGCUACCAGUCCUGCCCACCAGAGUAUUAAGGGAGCACCCAUCUCUCAAUUACUGUGAAGACAAAGUAAUUGAACAUUACAAGAAGCUGAAGGGACUUACCAGAGGACAAGCCAUUGUACAGUAUCUGGCCCUGGUGGAGUCCCUGCCGACAUAUGGAGUCCAUUAUUACCAAGUGAAGGACAAGCAGGGAAUACCGUGGUGGCUGGGAGUCAGCUACAAAGGCAUCGGCCAGUACGAUUUGCAGGAUAAGCUGAAACCAAGAAAGUUGUUUCAGUGGAAGCAGUUGGAGAAUUUGUAUUUCCGCGAGAAGAAAUUUGCAGUGGAAGUGAACGACCCACACAGAAGAACAGUGACCAAGCGAACUUUCGGACAGACUGGGCUGGUUAUUCACACAUGGUAUGCCAGCCACUCUCUGAUUAAAACCAUCUGGGUGAUGGCCAUCAGUCAGCACCAAUUCUACCUGGACAGGAAGCAAAGCAAAUCAAAGAUGACCACAACCAGGAGUUCAGGAGACAUCGCCAUGGACCUCACAGAGAUCUCUGCCCCACGUAUCAGUAAACUUUCCAGUAUUGAGAGCAAAGAUCAGCUAAUAAUGGCUAGCAAUGGAAGCCUCAUCUCAGCUGGUUCUGCUGACUCCGAAGUCAGCGAGGAACAGAAGAAGGAGAAGAUUUCUGAAUUAAAAAAGAAAGAAAAGGACCUUCAAGACACACUGACGCAGAAACUUGAAGAGCUGAAAAAGAUCUGCAUGAGAGAAGCUGAGCUUACGGGCAGGUUGCCGAAAGAGUAUCCCUUGGCCACUGGUGAGAAGGCUCCUCCAGUUCGACGUCGUGUUGGGACAGCCUUCAAGCUGGAUGACCUUUUCCCGUACGAUGAGGACCCACAUCUGAGGAAUCUGGAGAGCAGGUUUGCCUUGCAGCAGAAGAUUGUGGAAGCAGCCAUGAAGCUAUCCAAUGAGGGCGACCUCUGCAAGACGGUGAAGAGGAAGAGGAGGAACAACUACCUGGAUGCUAUGAGGAAGCUGGAGGAGAUUGAGAAAGAGAUAAACGCCUAUAGGAUCAAGAAAGGGAAGAAACCCACGCAGAGAGCCUCGCUCAUCUUAGCAGAUGAUGUCCACCCUUCAGACCUCAGCUCUCUAUCUGACAGCCUCACUCUGGAUGAUGAUGAUGAGCUCGGUUCCCAGAGGCAGAGAUCUAGAUCAGUCCAGUACUCCCCAAGACCACACCAUGCAGAAACUCUGGAUAUUCAUUACAACAACAAGGACAGACGAUCCUCUGCCAAUGACCAGCUUUCAGACAACAGAUUAAAUUAUGGCCAAGUCCAGGAAUUGCUCCACUACAAUCACAGUGAUGCCUUAUCAAGCUGCAGCAGCCCGUUUAAACCAGCUUCCAGACAGCCACGUGAUGCCCGCAGCAUGCCCCCCACUCCCCUCCUCACCCGCAAUGCAUACAGCAGCACACAGCUCAGAUCAGAGGAUGCUCCACAACAUUUCCGUCAGCGCAGUGGGAGUCUGGAGUCCCAGUCUCAGUUCAUGACGGAGACCAAAUUGCCUGUACCAGCUUUCACUGUCUCUCCAGCCCGACGCAGCAACAGCACCGAGGUCCUUGAUGACGGCUCCUCCUACACAAGCCAGUCCAGCGUCGAGUACAGUGUUCCCGGUAACCACACCCAUAGGCGCAGAGCUCGCGGGCGCCACAGAAAAGACUUGUACGCCAACACUGGCAGCAUGCCCAACCUGGCUCAGCCAGACACCCGGGGCUAUGCCUACCAGCCUCGGGCCAGACCCACCACAACAGCCUACUAUGUCACAGGCUAUCCCAGCUACGCAGAGCCAGAGCCUUACUCCAAUGGAGUCUAUGUGUACGACAACGAGAUGGAGGGCCAUUAUAAUGUCAACCCCUCCUAUCACCAAACCCAAACAGCUUAUCACGGCCAUGACAUGCACAGUCACUACGGUAACGAUGAGAUAGAUGGUAUAUCACAGAACCCAUAUGCCACGCUGCGGCCCCCGAGGAACCGACCGGUGCCCCGCGGCACUGAGCAGGUCAGCAAGAACAUCCAGAAGGCCUUGGUGGCUGAACACUUGAGAGGCUGGUACCAUCGCAACGCUGCACAAAAACAGGCUGCGUACAACUACGACUACGACAGAGGCUCCCAGCACAGCUUGGGCUAUCAGACCAUGCCUACACCCUACAGCCACAACAACAGGAACAUUUCCUACUCAUCAGUGUCCUCAGUGUCCUCCAGUGGAAACUGGCACAGCCACAUGAGCAGUGGGGAUAUGUUGGAAUACGACAUGCCCACGCAUGCUCCGCAGUCCUACUCAUACAGUGCAGCCCCCUACAGCCACCCCGCCCACAACAGAUCCUACCUAGAUGUCAGCCAAAUGGACUCACACAUCAGCAGCCAAAUGCACACCAACAUGGACCCAGAAGACCAGAUUUAUUGGCACGAAGACUCAAAACCAGGAACAAUAGUUUAGUUACCUGUUAUCGUGCUGUGAAAUUUUUUUUUACCUUGACAAGUUGUCAUUGUGCCUUAGACUGCACUUACCUGUUUUUGUGUAAAGGGGACCCAAAGAAUGAAGGAACUUGGCUUCUGUGGAACUCGGCGUGUUCAGCAAAUGAAGUAUUCUCAUUUUCAGUUCUCUUGAAUGCAGAUGCCAAACUCACACACACACGACGCUGUAUUUAAAUCACAACCAAACCCCGCGGGAGUGUCUACAUGUCGGAAUUGCGAGCGUUUGUGGUGAUGCCACUCGUGCACUGAAACUAAACCAAGCCCUGCUCUGGGCUGUGUGGUAGAGCCAAAGGGAAUGUGGACUACACUUCUACGGUGUUUCCCUUUAGACUGUCACAAAACCAAGGACCGAGACUGUCUCUGUAAAAGGAUACCGAGCAGCAACGAACAACGAAAAUUGAUUCUGCUUCUUACAUCUAUGAACACUGUAACCAUGAAGGAUUAGACAAGGAUUGAUAAGGACAUUAUCAAAAUGAAGGAUUGAACUCAUUAAAAAUGAGUCGAAAAGAUGGCUACUUCCUGGAACAUUCUGCAGUCACCAGAUCCAGUUUCACCACAGCAUUGCUUCAAACUACCACUCUGCUUCCUGCACUUUUGUUUGUCAUUUACAAAGUAUUCAAUCGAUCUCACUGUCAGUACUUACAAUAUAAUUGAGCCAAAUACUUACGUUACACCAUUUGAGUAUUACUGGAAGGCACCAAUUUUAAAUUACUGCCACUGCAGGAAGACAAAAAAAAAAUCCAGUUGAGUUUUUUUUUUCUAUUUUAACAUGGUUUUUUCCUCCAUGCUGGAAAUCAUGGACUGGUGCUCACAAUUUCUCUCAAGAGAAUCAAGUUAUAUGUAAAUGUUGGUAUUGUAAAUACACUGGUUCUGUCCUCCUUUUUUUUUUAGAGCAUUUUUUAUGUAUUUGAAAAGCAUGUAAUAUAUAGUAAACAAUUAUUGUUAAGCUGGUUCUUAGUAAUUUGUAUAAUUGCAUUUGUUUGAAUUAAAAAAAGUCAGCAUUUGA